AUGAGACCAAAAAUAGCAUGUCAUUUAAUAAUAUAAGAUUGUUUUAUAUUGGAAGGAGAUGAGGAAGAUUAUUAUAAACUUAAACAUAUUGAUAAAGAAAUUAUAUAAAAAUCUUUUAAUAUUCCUUAUAAAGAUAUGCCUAUUUUAAUUAAAAUGUUCAAAUAAUUAGAAUAUAGUAUGAUCUAAUAUAAACUAAUUUGUUCAUUAAUUAGGAAUUAGAAAUAUUAUAUAACAUGUAUUAGUUUUGAUAUAGUAAAUUAUAUUGAAAACAAUCAUGAAAGUAUUAAAAUAGAGAUAAAUAUUUUAUUAGAAGAGAUAUGUGAUGAAAUGUAUUAAUUAGAUGAUGGAAGUAUAAUUCUAUUUUGCAUAAAAUAAUUUAAUUUAAUAUAAUAUUCUGUAAAUCUAAAUGGAGAUGUUAUUCUUCUACUUGAAUAUAAUAUUUCUGAUUAAAUUUAAGAUAAAUGCAAGAAGAUAUAAUAUAAUAAGGAUGGAAAAAAUUAAUUUAUAAUAGCAUUUAUAUAAUGUUCAAAAUGGAAAAUAUUUGAAAUUAAUCAUCAAGAAAUACAAAUUAUUUUGGAAUCAUAAAUGUAAGAUUAUUAGCCAAUCCUUAAAUAAUUUAAAAAUAUAAGUGGUGUAUAAUUUUGUUAAUUGGGAUCUCUAACAUUAUUGAUUUUUGAAGAAUAUAAUUAUCUUCAAAUUAACUAUGAACCUCAUGUUGGAACUACUUAUGAAUUCUUAAAAGUGGAAUAUUUAAUUUUAAAUAUAAUACCAUUAAGAAAAAUGUGUAUUAGUAAUAUAAUAAUCAUAUACUAAAAAUAGACAAAUUUGUAACCAUUUCAAAAAAUAAACAAUUACAUGGUCUUAAAUUAUACUUAUGAUGUAGACAAUAUUCAUUUAUAUUCUAAUUAUCUUUUUAUUUAAAAUUAAACAUAACUAAUAAUUAGAAUAGAUUAACAUUUAAUUUAAAAAUAUGAAAUUCUAAAUUCAUCAUUAAUUUUCUUUGAUUAAUAUAAUCUAUUUUAUCAAAUAGACAAAACAAAACUUACGGUAUAAUUUUAUAGAUAUUUUCCAAUUAGUAGUUUUAUUGAACCUAAAUUAAAAUAUAUAUAUAUCAUUAUGAAACUAGAUUUGAUAAACACUUAAUCAUUAAAUUCAUGUAUAAGAAUAUAGUAUGAAAAUAAGACAAUCGAAUAAAAGCAUCAAUUGGCAAAGGCCUAUAUCUAUAGAAAUUGUGAACUAAAAUAGGAAACAAAAUUACCUAUUCAAAAUAUUUUUAGAAUUUUACAACAAUAAUUUACUGUAAAUAAUAAUAACAUUAAUUUGAGUAUUUGGAAUGAAGCAAAUACAGAUUUUAUAUGUUAUUAACGACUAAAAAGUUAUAAAUUUAAAAGUAAGAAUUAAUUAAGAUCGAUUCAAUCAUUAAAUUAUUUAGUGUUUUAAAAUGAAAAUUUCAUAUAUUUCCAUAAUUGUUAAUAAAACAAAAUUGAAAUGAUCAUUAAUACUAAUCAAUAUUAAGUAUUACAAUAUCUAGAUGACUAUUAUUUAAUUGAUAAGAAGAAUAAAUAAUUAAAAGUAAUUACAUUUAUUUUAGGCUAUUUAAAUUAAAUUGUAUUAUAUAAUAAUAUUGAAAUAAUAAAAGCUGAAUAAAUUUAGUAAUCACUAAUAAUUCAUGUGAAAAAUGAAAAAUUCCCAAUAUUAAUAACCAAAAAUUCAUUUUAAUACUAGAAUAUAUAUCUAUCUGAAUAGCUUAUUUAAUCAGAAUAAAUUCUUUUUUAUCAAAAUUAUGGAACUUAUCAAUUUAUUCAAUAUCCAAAUCUUUUUGCUUUUGAAUAUAAAGGAGAGGUUUAUUGUUUUUAAUUUUCUGAUCUUUUAAUUAUAUCAGUAAAGAAUUGGCUAAAAGGUCUCUUUUAAAUUUAUGUAAUAUAAAAUGAAACUAAUUCAAUACUUCUUUAUUAUACUAAUACAUUUGAAUUACAUUAAUUUUAUAAUUAUACUUUACAAGAAUAUAAAUUCUCAAAUCCUCUAAAGUACAUUUGCAGUUUGAAUAGAAUUGCUAUUUUAACUGAAUAAAAUUAAUCCUUUUUUAUUGCUUUAUUCAGUUAUUCAGAUACAUCAAUUAAUUUAAUUGAUAUUAUAGAAACUGAUGAUAUCUAUUUUGAAAUAUUAAAUAACACAUUAAUAUAUUUGAAAAAUUAAUAAAUAAGGCAAUUUUAUUUAAAUGAAGUAGUUGCAUUAAUCAAAACUAAUAUUAGUAUAUAAAAAAGCUUAUACAUACAUUUUCAAUAAAUAUUGAAAUCAAGUUCAAAAUUGAAUAAUGAGGACAUAGACUUAAGUCUUUUAUUCUAAAAUGAAUGUUAUUAAUUAUUUACUUUAAAGAAUUCAAUUUCUUUAAAACUCUUUAAAUAUGAAAACUUAUAUCUAAAGAUUUCUGAAAUGUUUUAGGGUUCAAUAAAUAAUUUAACGAUAGUUAGUAAUCUUUAAAUUUAUUUGAAGAAUCCUUUUUAAUCUAUAUACUAAAUUAAUUAUUGUAAUAAUGAAAUAUAGAUAUGUAUUGAAGAAUUAAAAUUUAAAAAAUAAAUUCAAACAUAAAAAAUAUGGUAUUCAUUUUUUGUAAUCGUUUAUGAAGAUAAAACUAUAUGUCAAAUUUUAUAACCUAAAAAUGAUGAUCAUUUAAAUCAAGUAUUUUGGAUAUCAGAUUAUACUUUCAUAUGGUUUGGUUUAUUUGACAAUGGAUUAAACGUUAGAUUAUUAGAAUGUUCUCUAUAGAUGAAUGGAAAUUGUAAGGAAAUCUAGAUAUUAGACAUUAACUUUUUUGCUGAAAAACCUCUUAGUUCUAACAUUAUCAAAAGUGAAAAUUUAGUUAAAAUAUAAAAUUCAUUAGAAUAGAUUUAUUUAUAUAUAUCUAAUUAGAAUUUUACUCUUAUUUAACUUCCAGAUAUUCAUUUUGAUAUUUAAUAUGUCUAAGAUACUGAAAAUUUGUUUAUAGCUUUAUCAGAUAUAGAUCGAACUUAAGUAAAAUUAAUUAUUUAUUAAAUUAAUUUUAAUGGUUAUGUUAAGAUAUUCUCUAAGAUAAUUACAUAAGAAAUUGAAAAUGCAUUACUUAUAUAAGACAAAUUUCUUAUUUUAUAAAUAAUUUCAUGUUAGUUGAAUGUAAAUAUUAUAAUUGUAAAUAUUAUGUUGAAAAAUUAGAGAAAUUUUUUUAUGAUCAAACUUAAUAUCAAUAUUUAAGAUGGUUUUAUUAUUUCUUAUCAUUUGUAAAAAGAAAUUAGAAACUAAUUAUUAGAUAAUUAAUAUAUAUUUGAUUAUGUAGAUGAGAAUUAUUUGGUUUUGAAUUUGAAAUAAGUAUAAGGUACGUUGUUAUAUGAUUUAUAAGAAGAUAGACUUUUUUAUGAUUAUAAUUAUUUUACAUUACAUCAAAUUUAAAUUACAAGAAUAAAUACUACUCAUUUCACUUUUAUGAAUAACUCAUAGAUUUCUAUAGGAAUAAUAUAAUAAUAUGAAAUUGAUCUAUAAAAUAUUGAUAAUAUAAAUUUUAACUUUAUCUUAUAUGCUUAAAAUGAUUUAUCUAAUACUUAAAUUUAAAUCAAUGUAACUCGUGAAAUAUCUUUAAAUAAUUUGAAUAAGAAUAUUAUACUGAUUGAAUUAACAAAUUUUUUUUUCAUUUUAUUUAGAAUUAUGUGUUGUAGGAAUAAAUAAAAGAAAUACACAACAUAAUGA